UCCAGCGUAGGGGAGCAUGGGAGCGUGGGAGCCUAACGGUGGUGCCGUCUCUCGGUCUCGGGUCUCGGCUGGGCGUCGCUUUCUGUUGCUUUUGACUGGAUAGCGGGAGGCUUCCUGAGAUCUUUAGUCUCGGAGCCAUCUGUCCCGAAGUCCCUGUGGCGACUUGAAGACACUACCACCCCUCAAGAUGGCAUCCACACUCCCUACAACCGGGGCCCAGGGACCAGUGCUGUUUGAGGACCUGGCUGUAUAUUUUUCUCAAGAGGAGUGUGUGAGUCUGCACCCUGCCCAGAGGUCCUGCAGCAGAGACACGCCACAGGAGUGUUUGGAGGAUAUGGCCUUGAUGGGAGGAGAAGGCAAGAUUGAGAUUAAUCAGAAGCUAAGGCUAGAAUCUAUGGGACUUGAAGAGCUUGCCCUAGAAAAAUACUCCAUUGCUGUGCCCCUUGUCUAUUACCCAGAAAAUUCCUCUGAGCAUGGAGUUGGAAACCUUGAAAGGAAAAUGUCAGGUAGAACUCCUGCUUGCAAGAAGAGGUUCAUAAGCCUUUUAGUUACCAUUGAAAACCACACCCCUUUGAUAGAACUAUCUCAGUGUUUAGGAACCAGAGCACUUUCUGAAAUUCUUGAAUUUCCUGGGGAAGAAGCCAAAAAUUCAUGCAAGUGUCCUGAAUGUGACCAAAGCUUCAGUGAUAGUUCAUACCUUGUUUUGCAUCAGAAAAUGCAUUCAGGAGAGAAAAAGUAUAAAUGUGGUGGCUGUGGGAAGAUUUUCAAUCACAGAGCCAACUUGAGAACACACCAGAGAAUCCACACCGGCGAGAAACCAUAUAAGUGUGCCGAGUGCGGCAGCAGCUUCCGCCAGCACUCACAUCUGUCUCGGCACAUGAAUAUCCAUGUAAAGGAGAAACCCUACACCUGUGGCAUAUGUGGAAGAGGUUUCAUGUGGCUCCCAGGAUUGGCACAGCAUCAGAAAACCCACGCUGCCAAAAAAGCCUGUGGUAAAUAUUUUGGUCAGAAAACAAAUCUGGCUUUGCCUGAGAAAAGGCACGGGUCAGCCAGCCAGCACCCAUGCAGUCCGAGUGGGAAAUGCUUUGGGCAGCCCUCGCACUUGGCCCUCCCCGAGCGGGGCCACGAGGACAACCCUGAACACUGCAGCGAUUGCGGGGAAAAUUUGCUUUCGUUCUCAGAAUUCGAACCCUUAAAGUGUCCUGAGUGUUCGAUGACCUUUCUUUGUAUCUCUGAGCUUAUCUCCCAUCAAAGCAUUCACAGAGGGGAAAAGCCCCAUAAAUGCAAACCCUGUGCAGAAAGUUUUAUUUCGUACUCAGAGCUUGCAUGCCACCAGAAGAACCACACAGGAGAACCUUUUAAAUGUACUGUGUGUGGGAAAAGUUUCAGGUUGAAAACACAUCUCAUUGUCCAUCAGCAAACCCAUGCGCAAAACACCACGUAAAUAUAGCAAGUUUUCAUUAA